AUGGAAAGUCCCGCGAGCGCAGAUGAAGAGAGAAUUUCGUUGAAAAGUCUUCAGAAGAGGAAAAUCAUCGUUACCCCCUCUGAACUCAAAGAACCGCGAAUUAUCGUUCCAGAGGCUGAGCAAUGGCUUCAUGCAUUUUCGGAUAUGACACAGAAAGUUGCGUUGCUAACGCUUGAAACAGAAACGCUAGCGGAAGAACUUGGCAAGUUGGAAAAGCUCAAAAUGGACCGGCAGCAGGAAAUAGCGAGAACUCAGAAAGCAGAGCUCCUCGACGAUAAAAGAAAAGAAGUUGCUCUUCGAAAAUAUCGUAAAGUGAUGAGAAGACUUCCUCUGAUUGCUGCUUUUAUUUUUCCUUUUGUCUUCUCCUCAGACUAUGCGGAGGUUUUAUGCGCUCUUGGGAAAGAAUUUGAGUUCUGCGAAAAUGAAAUGGAAAAGUGGAAGAGCUCGGAAAACCGCAGAGAGUACUGUGAGCCUUUCUUUGCUUCUAGUCGCCACUUGUGUUUGCCCAUGACACUGAAAGGCACUGUAGCUGCCAUUGAGUGUCCAGAUUAUCUGAUGGUUUCGAAGCUCACGAAUCAAACUUUUUCAAAUGUUCAUUAUAUUCAAAUCGAAUGCGGAACGGAUCUUCUGUGGCGAAUCGAGGGCAAAAGAAUAUUACAAAAGAUCGGAAAUGAGUGGGAUUUGAACGCUAUUGGAGAUGAUCGACUGAAAAAAGAAAUGAACAAAUGCACAAAUGAAGCGCCUGUCGAUCGCUAUCGCCGAAAUACCCAAUUUUCGAAUGAGACAGAAUUCACUACGGAGCCUCCUCUUCCUCAAGCAGAAUGCCUCGACAAAGAAAUGUUCCACCACCAACCUUGCCGAAAAGACGCGUAUGGAAAGAUCACGUGCGACUGCCGCAACUUUAACUUUUGCGCUGAAGACUACAUAAUUCUGGUUGGGAAUUCGAUCUCAAUGGUGCCAUUGUUUCUCUCCAUCGUGAUUCUUUUUUCUUUUCCGCGAUUGAGAAAUACAAGAAAUCUGAUCCAUGCGAAUCUGAUGACUUCUUUGUUUUUACGCAGUGCGCUUCAAUGGCUGAACUAUCACGCUGUUAUUUUCGGUGCUUAUCCUGAUGCGGAAUGUAUGCUCAGUGUUCAGCACCUGAGCAAGGAGGAAUACAUGAGGAUGACGCUGAAAAUGUGUCCUGGAAGCCAGUUCAUAGCUUUCUGUCGCGCUUCUAUCGUCUUUCUCCAGUGGGCAAAAACUGCCUCUCACUUCUGGGUCUUGAUCGAAGGUGUGCAGUUGUACGCAUUAGCGGUUGUGACUGUGCUCAGCACGGCUAAAUACUUUUACGCGUACUUGGCAUUCGGCUGGGGCUUUAGCUGGAUAUCCGUCGUUUUCUGGGUCGUGCUCAAGUACAAGUACGAGAAUAGAGGCUGCUGGGAUAUCACUUACAGGGACCUGCUGGAAAAAGUGAUAGAAGUUCCCAUUUCAGCAGCAAUCACAUUGAACGGAAUUAUUUUCAUAAUUCUCAUCUGGGUUAUUGUUCUCAAGCUGCGGGACGACUCUCGACUUACAAGGGAACGGAAUAACGCACAGAGGCUUACAAGAGCCACCCUGACGCUGAUUCCGCUCAUGGGGACGCAGUAUCUUCUCUUCAGAUAUACGCCCAGUGAGAAACUUUUCAACAUCAGAUACAAAUACGACCUCUUCUUUGAAGGACUUCAGGGUCUCUUUGUGUCUAUUUUAUUCUGCUUUAUGAACCAAGAAGUCCAACGCGAGCUCAAGAAAUGGUAUAGCCGCCGAAUGCAGCCUCUCGACGGGCAUCUGCUUCGACGAGGAACAUUCGGCUCCGGCAUCGAGGAAACCCUCAACACUAGAAUUAUGGAGGGAUACACGCCUAGAGCUAAAAAUGGUCUAAUCCGCGUUCAGAGAGGAGAUCGACGCCAAUCUGUCUGGGAUGAGCGCGAAACAAUAACUACUCAAGUCCGCCGAGAAUCAAGUUCCGCCAAUAUUGUAGCUUCAAAGAAUCCACUUUUGCCCAUUCCUGUGGCAGGCAGCACGCCGCCAACAACACUGUAA